ACACCCUUCCAUUUCCAAGCUACUCCCACCGUGUUGCUGUUACCACUUACCAUACAUAUAUAUAAAUAUCUUCUCAUUCUCAUUUCUACAACCCAAGUAUAAGAAGAAAAAAAACACAAACCACUCAACUUAGUUCUAUUUCUCACAACACUUUUCCAACCGAAACAUUUACUCACUCACUCACUCGUGAUGGAUACAAAGAUAGGUUCGUUGGACGCGGCCAAGCCCGCCAGCAACGACGUCGUAUCGUGCAACCAGACAAACAGCACUGUUAUCCAGCCCUGCGUGCCGGUGGCGCGCGGCGGGGACUCCACUCUGGGCGGGCACCUGGCGCGGCGGCUGGUGGAAGUCGGCGUGACGGACGUGUUCUCCGUUCCCGGCGACUUCAACCUGACGCUGCUGGACCACCUCAUCGCGGAGCCGGCGCUGAACGUGGUCGGCUGCUGCAACGAGCUCAACGCCGGGUACGCCGCCGACGGGUACUCGCGGGCGCGCGGCGUGGGCGCGUGUGUGGUGACGUUCACCGUGGGCGGGCUGAGCGUGCUGAACGCGAUCGCCGGAGCGUACAGUGAGAACUUGCCGCUGAUUUGCAUCGUGGGUGGGCCCAACUCCAAUGACUACGGCACCAACCGGAUCCUCCACCACACCAUUGGGUUACCCGAUUUCAGCCAAGAGUUGAGGUGCUUUCAAACUGUUACUUGUUUUCAGGCUGUGGUGAAUAACUUGGAUGAUGCUCAUGAGUUGAUUGAUACAGCAAUCUCGACCUCACUGAAAGAAAGAAAGCCUGUGUAUAUAAGCAUAGGUUGUAACUUGCCCGGGAUUCCUCACCCCACUUUCAGUCGUGACCCUGUUCCUUUUUCAUUGUCUCCAAGAUUGAGUAACAAGAUGGGGUUGGAGGCAGCAGUGGAGGCAGCUGCGGAAUUUCUUAACAAGGCAGUGAAGCCAGUGCUGGUUGGUGGUCCUAAACUGAGGGUGGCCACAGCAUCUGAUGCCUUUGUUGAACUGGCUGAUGCAUGUGGUUAUGCACUUGCUGUGAUGCCAUCGGCGAAAGGGAUGGUUCCUGAGCACCAUCCUCAUUUCAUUGGAACUUACUGGGGUGCUGUGAGCACUGCAUUCUGUGCUGAGAUUGUGGAGUCUGCGGAUGCAUACUUGUUUGCCGGUCCCAUCUUUAAUGACUACAGCUCUGUGGGGUAUUCCCUUCUUCUGAAGAAGGAGAAGGCGAUCAUUGUGCAGCCGGAUCGGGUUGUGAUCGCGAAUGGGCCUGCAUUUGGGUGUGUGCUGAUGAAGGAUUUCCUCAAGGCACUCGCGAAGCGCCUCAAGCACAACAAUACUGCAUAUGAAAAUUACCACAGGAUAUAUGUCCCUGAAGGGCAUCCUUUGAAGGCUGCACCCAAAGAGCCUUUGAGGGUCAAUGUUAUGUUCAAACAUAUACAAAACAUGCUGUCUGGUGAAACUGCUGUAAUUGCUGAGACAGGGGACUCCUGGUUUAACUGCCAAAAGCUGAAAUUGCCAAAGGGAUGCGGGUAUGAGUUCCAAAUGCAAUAUGGCUCAAUUGGAUGGUCUGUUGGUGCAACUCUUGGUUAUGCUCAGGCUGUUCCUGAGAAGCGAGUGAUUGCCUGCAUUGGUGAUGGAAGCUUUCAGGUGACUGCUCAAGAUGUAUCAACAAUGCUGCGGUGCGCGCAAAAGACCAUCAUCUUCCUGAUUAACAAUGGUGGAUACACCAUCGAGGUUGAAAUUCAUGACGGGCCGUACAAUGUGAUUAAGAACUGGAAUUACACCGCUUUGGUUGAUGCAAUCCACAAUGGUGAAGGGAAAUGCUGGACUGCCAAGGUCUUCUGUGAAGAAGAGCUAGUUGAAGCAAUUGCCACAGCUACAGGACCCAAGAAAGAUUCCUUGUGCUUCAUUGAGGUGAUUGUUCACAAGGAUGACACCAGCAAAGAAUUGCUUGAAUGGGGCUCUAGGGUCUCUGCUGCCAAUAGCCGUCCUCCAAAUCCUCAAUAAACUUCAGACUUCAGCCUAUGAUUAAAUUGCUGCAGUUUCCCUUUAGCUUUAUGGUAGUAAGAAUCAUUUGAAUUGAAAUGACCUUGUACGGAAUUUGCUUUUGUUAAUGGCUUGCAACGUUUAUGCAUCUGAGUCCAUUUGUUUGUGUAAAUUCUUUCACAUGAGAUGAAAAUAUAUCCGUCGCCUUUUGUCAUUCUACAAUACUUCAA